AUGGCUGAUCCUGAGCUCCCAGUGCCCUCCGAUCCGAAAGUUUCUCAACUCACAAACUGCCCAGUUCCUGGAUGUUUGGGCUUGAUGGGUGUCUUGAGAGUGUACAAGGGUGCAGGGGAUCUGAGCAAAUGUAAUAAACGUGGAUCCAUUGUCCAAACGUGUCAAUUACUCCUGCACCUUCUCAACCCUCAAUUGCCACCAGAGCGAACAACUCGUUUCCUGCGGUCACCAUCACCUGUCACAGUUUUAUAUCAGCCAACUUGGACUGGUCGUAUCGACUGUGCCAAUGAAGGUUGUACAACAAAGGGUGGUGUUCGGAUGCAAGGUAGCAGGACCUGUAUCGAGUACAAGUGCAAGACCUGUUGCAUCGUCGCCUUCCAGCACACAAGGGAGAAUGGAACGAGCUGUGCAAAGUGCAAUGCCCACUCCCAACCAGCAGUAACGGAACAGGUAGUAGCUCCUCCUACUCCAGAACCAACCCAGAUAUCUGUUCCUAUGGGCACCUCUGCUACACCUCCAACUCCAGCACCAACAGCCUGUGGUGGGCCUGCUGCCCUGCGGGCAUCUACUCAGUCAAAUAGAACCCCUUCUAAGCCAUCAUCACAGGCUCCAGUGCGAACACAGAGGGCCCCCGUCUUACCUCCUCAGGGUUCUCAGAUCUCGAUUAGGCAAACAUUAGCCCAGCCUUUGAAUUCAGAUUGGGCAAAAUCCUAUGAGAGCACACUUGAUGACAAAAUCAAGAUCAAGUCAUUGAAGGCCCAGCAGCAGGAGAUGGGAGAUCGCCAAUGUCGAACAUGUACACUUGUCAUAUACUACAAGAAUGGCGAGCCCCCACUGCGGCUCACUCAUUUUGUCAAAACCUUCCCAAAUCUCCAACUCUCCUCUGUCUCAUCCCUUGUCAAAGAAGCAAACCUUACUGUCAACUCGAAGAUCAACUACUAUCAAGGCGGAUGGGCUAUCAUUUCGAUCAACGAUGUGCUUGACAUUGAAAAGAUUAAGGAGCUUGUUCUCCAGCUUCAUCCUAGCCUAUUUGAACCUCUUAACAACUGCCCAGGUCUGGAACAGGAGCUUGCUCAUCAACCCUCAUGA